CGCCUCCGGCGCCGGCCGCCAGAGAGCCCGGAGCGAUGGCGAACCGCACGGACCCCCUGGCCCGGAGCGUCCACGGCACCAACCCUCAGAACCUGAUCGAGAAGAUCGUGCGGUCCAAGAUCUACCAGACCACCUACUGGAAGGGCGAGUGCUUCGGCCUCACGGCGGAGACCCUCGUCGACAAGGCCAUGGAGCUCGACCACACCGGCGGCACCCACGGCGGCAACCGCAGGCCCACCCCCUUCCUCUGCCUCGCCCUCAAGAUGCUCCAGAUCCAGCCCGACAAGGACAUCGUCGUCGAGUUCAUCAAGAACGAGGAUUACAAGUAUGUCCGUGUUCUUGGCGCGUUCUACCUGCGCCUCACCGGCACCAUCGCCGACGUCUACCAGUACCUCGAGCCACUCUACAACGACUACCGCAAGAUUAGGCAGAAGCUCAACGAUGGAAAGUUCACGCUGACGCAUGUCGACGAGUUCAUUGAUGAGCUGCUGACCAAGGACUACUGCUGCGACACUGCCCUCCCCCGCAUUCAGAAAAGAUGGGUCCUUGAAGCUUCUGGAACUCUAGAGCCUAGAAGAAGUGCACUUGAAGAUGAUUUUGAGGAAGAGGAGGAAGAUAAAGAGGAAGGGGAGCCUAUGGAUGUAGAUGAGCCUAACACUCGCGAAAAGGAACAUCACCGUGGAAGGAGCCCAGCUAAAGAGCGGGACAGGGAGAGGGAUAGGGAUAGGAAGCAUGAAAGACAUCACAGGGACCGAGAUCAUGACAGAGAUCGGGAUUAUGACAGGGACCAUGGGAGGGGACGGGACAGAGAUCGAGACCGAGACAGAGGCCGUGAAAGAGAGAGAGAGAGGGAUGAUCGAGACCGUCACCGCAUCCGAGAUGAUGACUAUAGCCGAGAUAGAGACAGAGAGAGGGAUGGGAGGGAAAGGGAGCGCCGGGACAGAGACCGUGGCAGGCACCGGAGCCGUUCAAGGAGCCGGGAUCGGCGAGACAGAGACCGUGAAGACGGAGAGCACCGUAGAAGACGUGGCCGUGGUAGCGGCAGUCCUCGAGGGCCUGCUGAGGAUGAUGGCCCGAGGGAGGACCCUAAGAAGCGAAAGGAAAAGAAAGAGAAGAAGGGCGGCGGGAAUGGUCCUGAUCCUAACGAUCCAGAGAUUAUAGCGAUGAACAAGCUGCGAGCGUCGAUGGGGAUGGGGCCACUGAAGUAGUGUUACGUUUGCUGUAAUGUAUUUUGAAGCUUCAAAGUUCCAAUGUUGCAUCAAACCAACAAGGAAUAGCUAGCAUUUUUUCUCUUGCACCGCAAAGCUUGUCAGAAUACACUGUGUAUGUAAGUGUGCAUGUUGUCUAAUUAUUACUUUGAUCUACUUAUCUGUUUA